AUGUCCUCAGCACUCAGCGAGCCUCUUAUUUGCAACAACUAUUCAGAGCUUGCUGGAGUGGUUGGUCAAACACCUCCUGAAUCCAUUCAUUCUGCUGUCAAUCAAACAGAGGACUACAAACCCAAUGUUCCUCCAAUAGGAAGCUAUGUGAUAAAAGGAGGAGAAGGAGGCUUUGUUCAAGAAGUUGAAACCGAUGGAAUGGACUAUGAUUCGGAAGAUGAUGAUUACGAUUUAUCACAACAUGACUUUUCUGGUCAACAUCGACAUCACAGAAUGAGUAUGGCACCUAAACAAAUGAAACGAUUCAAAGUCAUCACAGGUAUUGUCACACUCGUCAUGAUCAUUCUCAUCAUCAUGGGUCUGGUCUUGUUUCCUCUCAUCUAUUUUGUGAACUUUUUAACACACCCCGAUAGGAGUCAAACAGUCAUCAUGACUCCAUACAUUCCGGAUGUUCCUUUCUAUCAUCCGAGUUUCACACCUCCAUAUCUUCAAGCGAAUAUUAACAUCACCACACCUUUAAAUGCUCGAUUUAUUCUUUUCUCGUUUUCAGCAAAUGCUACUGUUCAAGCUGCUGUCAUUAGAAAACAAGCCGCGUUUGAAACAUUUAUGGAUCUUGCAGCCAAAGCUGCUCUUUCAUUGAAUACCAUGUCCAGCUUUAUAUUCGACAAGCCUUUGGAUCGAUCUGUUUUUGUAGUAUCACCUACCACGUUUGGAACUCGAUUCUUUUCACUUGGAGUGCUCAAUAAUUCAGGAAUGUAUGAUGACGAGAGCGAUUUCAAUGUUGCAACAAAUACGACCAUUCCAAGAAAUACUUCUACCAUUUACAUGGUUUGGAGAAAUACAGAUAAUUCCUUAACUCCAAUUCAACUCAAAUUUUGGUAUUGGCUAGAAUUUGAUGACAAUAGACAUCUAAAAGCAUUUACAGGUGGUGCUAUUUGCAUUGCAAUUGCAAUUAUUCUCAUUUCGAUUAUUAUUCUGAAUACCAAGACAACAACACUCGUUAUAUACUAUCUCGUUCGAAAUUUAAGACCAAGUGGAAGAAAACGCUUUUUAAAUGAUAUCAAACAACUAAGGACUACUUCAAGGAGUGAAUUCAAGGAGAGAGAUGUGCUAUGGACAAGAGGAGCUGAUAUCACUUUUCACAAUUUGGCUUUCACCUCAUUCUCUGGAAAAACAAUUUUACAUCCAAUCAGUGGAAUUUUACAAGCAGGCAGAUUUACAGCAAUUAUGGGGCCUUCAGGCUCGGGAAAAUCAACAUUUGUCAACUCAUUAUGUAAGAGAGCUAAUAAUGGUAAACAAAGUGGAAAAAUUUUGAUUGACAACAGAGAAAUUACGGAGGAGACAAGCAAAAUAAUUGGAUUUGUCACUCAAGAGGAUACGAUGGCACAAUGUAUGACUGUCAGGGAGACUUUGGAAUUCAGCAUUACUUACAGAAAGAAUCGAACGUUUAACAAGAAGGAAAGAAUAUCUGCCAUUUUAGACAGAUUAGGUUUAUCCAAGGUCCAAAACUCCUUCACAAAAGUAUGCAGCGGAGGAGAGAAGAGAAGAACAUCGAUUGGUAUUGAACUGUGUGCAGACACUCCUGUUCUCAUACUGGAUGAGCCAACAAGUGGACUCGAUUCAGAAACUGCCCUCUCGCUAUGCCAAACAUUAAGAGAACUCUCUGAAAAGUGCAACUUGAAUAUUAUUUGUGUUAUCCACCAACCAUCCUUAGAAAUUUUAAAACAGUUUCAUGAUAUCAUGCUUUUCAGUGAAGGACGGCUUCUCUUUCACGCUCCAGUUUCUACUGUUGUGAAUGUUCUACGUGAAAAAAUUCCAGCAGAUGAAAUUCGAAAUAAUCCAGCAGAUGAAAUAUUGCGAACGCUCAUUGCACCUCAAGGUGAAUUUCUAGUGGAUGAAAUCAUUAGAAAAACACAAGAAAAAGUUCUACAUGCAAGUCAGAAGAAGAGUUUAUUUUCUAAUGGUGACGAAUCGUAUCGAGAUUCAUUCACUGAGGACAGCUACAAACGCUCGUAUUCAACACGAGCCGUUUAUUACAACAACAACAACCACUCUGAUGCAGCUUUCAUAACCAUCAACAAUAGCAACAAUUCCAAACUCCACAAUAUUUCUGCACAAGCCUAUCGAACUGCUCCAUUUUUUGUUCAAUUUAUUAUUUGCUUUGUGAGAAGCUUUAAACAAUUUUACAGAGAUUGGACCACCAUCCUUAUUGAGAAUGCCAUUUGUCUUGGAAUUGGAAUUUUAAUUGGCCAAAUUUUCAAAGGACUUUCGUUUGCAGGAGCAGUUCCUGAAAGCUUGUACAUGCAAUGCCCUAUAUCAUUGCGUGGAAAUGCCAUGAUUCCACAGUCCGAUUUAAUUUCGCCUUACUCUACUUUUUUUAAUAUUGCCAUCUCUCUGGUUUCUAUCAUGAGAGGAUUGCUUGUUUUUGGAAAUGACAUGAAUAAUUUUAAGAGAGAGUGUUAUUCUGGUCUCAAUAGUUGGAUGUAUUACUUGGCAAAGGAUGUAGUUUCGAUGGUUGUCGUACUUUUUCUCUCUCUAUCAUUCACCAUAGGAUUACAAGUGGCAUCUCCUCAUACCAACUUUGGUAUUUUGUGGAUGGUCAUCUUUGGAACCAUGUUGGCAAGCUUUCCUAUUGGUUAUAUCAUUUCAUACUUUUUCACACCACACACGUCACAGUUAGCUGCUUCGCUUGUGGUCAUGAUAUUUUUUGCUAUGAGUGGAAAUCAACCAUCGAUUCCAGAAAUGGAAACCUAUGCAUUUCCACUCACCUAUAUUCAUGUCAUUUCGUAUUUGAAAUAUGUCAAGGGCUUAAUUUUCAUGUUGGAGCUUGAAACAAGAAGAGGAAAAGAGACGUUGAACGAAGUGUUAAAGAUGUAUGGCUUUGAAAUUGAAGCAUUAAGUUAUUACGUCUAUGCGCUAAUAUUUUGGAUUAUUGUUUGGAGAUUUAUAUCUAUUUAUUGCUUAUGGGCAUGGAAACCAAGAAGCUUAUUCAGUAAGAUUGUCUAUUACGUCAAGUUGAUGAUUGGUAAAAUUUAUGGACGCAUCAGCAAUGCAGGUUCCACAGUAAAGCUCACAAUGAAAAGAAGAAUGUCAAGCACGAUGCACGAUUUUUGA